AUGCAGCGCGUGGUCACGUCCCACAUGUGUGGCGACUUCAUGGGGCCCUGCCUUCAUACCUCGCUGGAUGGUGGCGUCACCAUGAUGGAAGCCUUGAACUACGCCAAGUUGGACUAUGUCUCUCUGGGAAACCAUGAGUUUGACCUGGGUAAAGCUCAGCUGGAAGCACGGCUGAGCAGCUACAAAGGCAAGUUGCUGAACACCAACGGAAUGGACGACCAAUUGAAGACCCUGCCCAAGUACGAUGUGGUCGACGUGGGUGGCAAGAAGGUGCUCAUGGUGGGCCUGUGCAUCGGAGACCCCUCUAUCUACUCGGCAAACAGCUGUCCAGAGAUGAAGGACUUCGUCCACUCCAUCAUGGCAGCCUGGGAGGAUGCCUGCAGCAAGGGUCAGCACAUUGACAUUGUGGUGCCUAUGACACAUCAACUGAUCGAAGAUGAUCGUCUACUCGCCGAACAGUUCGAGAUGCACGAGACCAUGAGUGGAAAAGCUCCAGUGAUUCUGGGUGGUCACGAACACACCGUCUUUGAGGAGGAAGUGGCCGACUCCUUGAUCGUGAAGACGGGGCAGGAUGCAACGAAGAUCGCCUGCGUGGACAUUUGGUGGACCGCCAAGGGCGUGAAAUGCCGUCAUGUUCUUAUCGACACGGAGAAGUUCACUUCCAACGGCCCAGCAGCAGCCUGGGCGGAUGGAAAGAAGAAGUUCGUGCAAGCGGCCAUGGAGGCGCCCAUCAUGGCCCUGCCCUCCAAGAUGUCCACGAAACAAGUUCGCUUCGAACAGUCUGACCUGGCAGCGUUCCUCUUGGAGAAGCUGAAGCGUGGAACCUCGCCGGUUUUAGACGCCGGUGGCAAAGACACCGAUGAGCCAGUUUGGAAAUAUGGACAUUGGCCGCGGCGUGCGAGGCGCUUUUUUGACCGCGUUUUGUACGUCAUUUGCUUCACGCUUCUCUUCCUCUGGGCCACCUUAGGUUACUUUCUGGUGUACAUCCAGUAUCUCCCCCCAGACCCCACGGAUGACUACUGCGGCAUUACCGCGUUUUUGUGCCUUUGGCUCUCAGUUUUUGCCUUUGUUGACAAUGCAGGUGAGAAGAGAACUUGGAUUCAGCGAUGGGAGGAGUUUGUGGUGAUGUGGGUGCUCACGAGUGGUUUGGCGCAGAUCGGAUGGGAGUUGCCCUAUGUCUUGUGGAAGGUGCGCUGGCUGCAGCCCAUUCAGUCCGCGACCUUGCUACUGUUGGAGUUUGAUGAUAAGUUUCUGAAGCCUGACGAACUUUGGGCUUGGCCCUUCUGGAUGUAUGCCAGCGGAGAUACGCGUUACAUGCGCCAGCACUCCUCCUCCCACGCCACCGAGACCAUGUUGGUUAUCUCUGGGCCCUUCGAGUUGUGGGCCGUCUGGAUGUUGAAACGACGUCUGCGCUACAAGACUGUCGCGCGGUGGCGGCGCGGGUGA